UUCAGAGCAGGGCCUGAGAUUUCCCCAGAACAGGCGUUUGAACAGAGCAGGCUUCUGAGGUCUCCAGAAUGCCUGUCCCAGCCUCCUGGUCCCAUCCUCCUGGUCCUUUCCUGCUUCUGACUCUACUGCUGGGAUUUACAGAAGUGGCAGGUGAAGAGGAGCUACAGAUGAUUCAGCCUGAGAAGCUCCUGUUGGUCGCGGUUGGAGAGUCGGCCACUCUGCACUGCACUGUGACCUCCCUGCUUCCCGUGGGACCUGUCCUGUGGUUCAGAGGAGCUGGACCAGGCCGAGAAUUAAUCUACAAUCAAAAAGAAGGCCACUUCCCCCGGGUAACAACUGUUUCAGACCUCACAAAAAGAAACAACAAGGACUUUUCCAUCCGCAUCAGUAGCAUUACCCCAGCAGAUGCCGGCACCUACUACUGUGUGAAGUUUCGAAAAGGGAGCCCUGAGAACGUGGAGUUUAAGUCUGGACCAGGCACUGAGAUGGCUUUGCGUGCCAAACCCUCUGCCCCUGUGGUAUCGGGCCCUGCGGCGAGGGCCACACCUGAGCACACAGUGAGCUUCACCUGCAAGUCCCACGGCUUCUCCCCCAGAGACAUCACCCUGAAAUGGUUCAAAAAUGGGAACGAGCUCUCAGACUUCCAGACCAACGUGGACCCCGCAGGACAGAGUGUGUCCUACAGCAUCCGCAGCACAGCCAGGGUGGUUCUGGCCCCCUGGGACGUUCGCUCUCAGGUCAUGUGUGAGGUGGCCCACGUCACCUUGCAGGGGGACCCUCUUCGUGGGACUGCAAACUUGUCUGAGGCCAUCCGAGUUCCACCCACCUUGGAGGUUACUCAACAGCCCAUGAGGGCAGGGAACCAGGUAAACAUCACCUACCAGGUGAGGAAUUUCUACCCCCAGAAUCUACAGUUGACCUGGCUGGAGAAUGGAAACGUGUGCCGGACAGAAACGGCCUCGACCCUUACAGAGAACAAGGAUGGUACCUACAACUGGACAAGCUGGCUCCUGGUGGACACAUCUGACCAAAGGGAUGAUGUGGUCCUCACUUGCCAGGUGAAGCAUGAUGGACAGCUGGCGGUCAACAAAAGCCUUGUCCUGGAGGUCUCAGCCCACCAGAAGGACCAGAGCUCAGAUGCCACCCAUGGCCCGGCAUCAUCUCUUACUGUGCUGCUCCUCAUAGCUGUCCUCCUGGGCCCCAUCUACGUCCCCUGGAAGCAGAAGACCUGACUCUCCUUCCUUCCUCCCCUGCCACGUGGGACCCUCAUCUCUGCUGCCUCCUUCCUUUCUUGAGAGGCUCAGCUUGAGAGAAUGAGUCAGUGAGACGCUUCUCUAGACUUGGCUCCAAACGCCUCCCCUCCCAAGACAUCUGCCUGCCCACAGGCUCCUGUUGCUCCUUCACACAGACCUUGAUGCCCCAGACCAGGGUCUUCAUUCAUGGUCCUGAGCAGGGGCCAAGGGACUGGGCUCUGGGCACUGACUUAUGACACCUCCCUAGAAUGUGAGAAACACGCCAUGUCUAAACACACCAGGACUCCUCCCAUCCAUCGCCUUGGGACUGGCCAUAAACCACAGACUCUCUCCAGGCUUUCAAGAGUUAUCCUGUCUUCCAGAUUCCUGCCUACCCCAACUCCCCAGCCUUGUUGAGGUUCUCUAUCGCCUCUUGAAUACAAAUGCACUCCCAAAGUGGUUUUAAGAAAAUAAAAAGAUUCUCCUUC